AUGUCACAUACUACUACUACUACGCUCAUCUUCAUUGUUGUUGUACUCUUGACAUCAUCCUCAACAUCAGCGGUUGUAGUCUUGGGACAACCAUGGUCUGUCGAGACAAGAACAAUCGUGGAAAAUACAACGUUCAACGUCUUCACUUUCAACGGUCUCCAAUACAUCCAAUUCAUGCAGUUCUACCUCGCAGCCCAGCCCAAUCCAUUCAUCAUCAACGGUCACUUCCUAACCGUACCACCCCUCAGCAACACCGUUCGCUGGAACACUACAUUCCUCUGUGAUACCCCUCCACCACUGAUCUUGAACAAGUACAGUGGACCAUUCGUGCGGAAUAGGGUCACACCGGUACUCAAUGCCAGCCCUGGCAAUUAUGACUCGUUCCAGACUUUGAUAACGAUCAAUGAUCCACUGAAAAAUAUCUAUGGAUUUUAUUUUUGUUCCUCGCUGGCGUUCAAGUGUCAUAUGCUGCCAAUCAGAUCGAUCACAGCCGAUACCACUCUGUUCCAAAUGGUCAUCUACCCAUCCAACCUGGCCAGCAACUACACUGGCUACACCUCGCCAAUCAACAUCACUGUCUCCAACUCUGGCCGUGCCACCAGCAUCUUCUUCCCGCCACUCGUCACCACUACCACGUCCCUCACCAAGAGCUAUGAGGUCUUUGACUACAACGUCGGCACUGGACUGGUGCCCACCCGCGUCGUCCCCAACUUUUCCGCAAUGAUCACCUCGACCCCUGACGCCAACUACUUCAUCCACCCCAACUCCACAUACCAAAACGAUAUCCUGUUCUACUAUCGCGCCAUCAAGCCUGUGAUGAACACGGCGGAUGGCCACAUUCAAUCAUUGGUGCUGGCGGCCGUCCGCUCGACCUGGAUGCAGCUGCUAGAGAUCACUGAUCGUCCACUUAGCUUGAGCAACUACACGCGUGCCUACCCCGACGACUACAACACCUACAAUGCUGAUAGGAGUGCGGUUGUGCCGUGGCUGGAGGGCAAACAGUUCACGACCAGCUUCGACCUACCCAGCUACAGGUACUGCAACUAUAGUUAUGGAUUGCUGUUCCAGAGCUGGGGCCAAGACGUCUCCUAUCCAUUUGGUGUGACACAUGUCGACCGUGGCAACUUCUCACUUGCAUUUACCUUCUAUGCCAAUAGCUACGUCCCCAUUGGUACUACCAUCAACUUGGAUUGCUACUUCGCUCGUCCAUUAAUCUCAUUCCCACCUCCAGAGAGUUCUGACUUGAUUGAAGCUAGGAUUGAGGAGUUUGAGUUCAAACCAUUCGCAAACAAUAUUUACUUGGUUCGAGCACAUAUAUUGGAUGACCUAUCUGGCUUUGGAAGAUUGUUGAUAUACUUCUCAACUGGAGAGAUAUUUGAUAUGGACUUCCACGACAUUUAUGCUGGCGAUAAGUUUGAUGGAUAUUAUGAGCGAGUGUUAAUACUCAACAAUCGUACAACCUCAUUGCCAUUGUACUCCAUGUACCUAAUGGAUCGCGGUGGUACCAUGGCCCAACUCGACUUUGGAUGGAGCACAUUGACUGGAUCCCCACUUGGCAUGGCCACAGCCAACUAUGAGAUUGGAGUUGAAGACUUGACAGUGUUCUACUUUGACAAGUAUGUUAUGGAUGUGAGCAAUGGAUUCAUGUCGAACUUGUUGUACUUGGCAUCGCCAAAGAUUUAUCCAGAAUGGGUGGUGGCGAUCACCUUUGGUGCCACUCAAGAGAAUCCGUAUUAUGAAGCAACGGGCUUCUAUGAUUAUAGUCUGGGAGUAUUUGUUAUCCCAUUCACUAUACCUGCACGUACAAUGACACAUCAACUACAAUACUACAUCUCAAUCAGACCUCCCGUCUAUGGAACAUUCUCCAAGUUCCGCCAGCUGGCAAUCCCCAGCCUAACUGGCGCCAUGGUCAUCUACCUCGAGCAACUCUACAAACAAUUCCCCAACACAUCAAUCAUCAACGUUAUAUCAACGUUUGGUGAUGAGAUGCCACCAAUGAUCACCAAUGUUCGAGCAUUCCCAAGUGUGAGCCCAGUGUUGACUGUUUCCAAACCAACUGCGACCGCCGUGUUGUCCAUCGGCUGGAACAUUACGAUCGUGGACCAGUUGAAUGGAUUCCUACGUGGAGUGAUCAGUGUGAGCAGUGAUAGGGAUGGACUUCCAAGGACAUUUGAGAUCACUCCAAAUGAUAGGAUUGCUGGUACAUCAAUGAAUGGAACCUAUCAGAUUAUGUUCAAUGUCACUUCAGACUAUGGCAAUCAGACCUUCACCUUCAUGGACAUUGAACUAUUUGACACUUCAAUGAACCGUGGCAAAUACACCACAUACGAACGCACUCAAGAGACACUCUCGCCAAUCGCCUACAUCCUCAAAGAUCCCCUUCAAGUGGCUCAACUCAACAUCAACUUGACAACAUCAUCCAAGGAUAUCACGCCACCAUCGUUGGAGUCUUUGGAGUUGCUCACUCCAGAGAUUGAUGUUGGUACGUUUAGACGUGAGGUGAGGGUCGAGUACACUGUGCGCGACGCAGGUGGUAUGAGCCCUCGUCACAUGCCAUGUGUCUGUCUCACUGGAUACAUAUUCGAGUUGGUCAAGCUUAGGUCAACCUUAAUCAAACAAGCUGGUGAUCUGUACACGUACUCUGCAACGGUCGACCUACCCUAUGGCUUCGCAUCGGCCACCAGUGGCUACGCUGACGGCAAGAAUUCAUACGCCUACGUCUCUGUCUAUGGUCUGAUUGACAAGAGCCACAAUACUAUUGGUUACAGCACUGACAUGCUUCCCGCCAAUGGACGUGUCAACUCCACCCUCGCCAUCACCUACUCUCACGACACACCAAUAAUCGAGAGUUGUACAGUUGCCAAUGGAUUGGUGACGGUUGUUGGCAAGAACUUUGGCGACAAUGCCACUUUGGUGGACUUGGGCACACGCCCCAAUAUGCCAAAGAUCGUGUACACCAAGGUCAAGGGAUCGGUUGUCAUUGGAGUGUAUAGCUUUAACUAUGAUCAGACCAACCCAACCACAUUGAUACUGCAGGUGGAGAACCGUCCAGGCAACGCCACCUACAACUCCAACGUCCUUCAAAUUCAAUACUACCCACCUGCCAAAGUCCCACAAGUCCAAUGUCCAGGCACACCACCCUGCUCCAACAACGGAGUCUGCUCUCCAACCUUUGGAUGUCAAUGUUCCGGCACAUGGUACGGAGAUGACUGUUCAUCGCAGGCUGCUCCAAACACACCAGUGAUCAAUCCAGAUACUCCAACAACGGUGUACACAUUCAAUAUUAGUGGAAUGACGAUUGUUGGUGAGAUUGAGAUUGUGAGAGUGAGAGUGUUGGAUCAACUUGGUGCAGAGUUGGCAUCAUAUCCACUGGGCCAAUGGAACACGACAAUCACAUCCAAUCAAUCAUUUGAUUACUUGUCCAACUUUGGAAGUGACGCCAAUCCCAACAAUAUGGGCACGAUCAAGGUGAGCGUGCGAUGGUUCACCGAGGACGAGGACAUCAAGUUUGCAGGUGACGUGCUCCCAAUGAAGAAGAAUACGAUCAAGUACACCAUAUUGGUAUCCAACUACACAUUCCCAAGCCAGUUGGAUUCGAUGCAAGUUGUGAUGCGCGCCACCAUCAACACAACCGACUCCAACUCGUGCUCCGUUCAACAAUAUGGCUACACCGAUGGCGUCAAUGGCAACAAGGACAACCUGUUCUGGAUGCGUGUCAAGGUGCAGAGUUACAGUGUGUAUGGCCAUUUCAUCCAGAAGGCGAUGGUCGAUGGCAGAGUGUCUACAGUGUCCAACGCAUUGCUCAACGAUACAACGACGACCGCCCAAUCCGCCAACGACACACAGUCCUCCACUCAAACCUUUAUCGGUAUCAAUGUGCCAUGGUUCGCAACACAAGUCAUCAUGGACCCCGACUUCCAAUUGCUCCUGGACACUGAUGAUGCCAACACCAUUGAUGGAGCACUAUGCCAACGAUCAUCAUCAUCAGCCGUCAAGCUAUCACCUCUGGCCAUCGCUGGUAUCGUUGUCCUCAGUGUUGCCAUUGUCGCGGCCACAGCCACCGUCAUAGCCAUCCGUCUAAGGACAGCGCGUAAACAAAAGAUUGAGGUUGAUCGUAUCAACCUUAGGAUGUCCGGUGUCCAAUCAUCCAAUCAAGUUCAAUAG